GAACUGGUUCGCCUUUGUUGGAGCUUGCAGAUUGCUUCGCCAUUGCUUGUUGUUGUGCACGAGCAGCUCGUCCUGCUGGAGAAUUAUCAAAUUGCUCUUGCCUUUUCUGUGCGGCUUCAGCAGCUCUGGCACGCGCUUCUUCAGAGGCCAAUCUCUCUUCUUCCUUGGUCAUGCGCUUGUCUCCUCCGCCGAAGCAACCGAAGCAGAGACCCAUCUUUGAUAAUUCAACUUGUUUGUAUCGUGGUUAUGUUAUGGAGGAACAAUGUUGUUGUAUCAUAUGUUAAAUUAAUUUUCAUAUGUUAAUGUUUGUAUAUUGCAAAAACGUAUGCAAACAAGAUAGGGUCGCCUAAUCCAUUUUAUAUCUUUCCG